AUGAGACAAAAAAGGGAAACAAAGCAUCUCAUUUCUCGUGGACAAAGACAUUGCUUUUCGCUGGCAAAAGGUGGCAAAAAGCACACGCGGAUCAGUGCAGGUCGGUUAGUCAGAGUGGCAGCAAGUGCAGGAGAGCAAACCGCUUCAACCGUCACAGAAGACACACGCAAAGGUGGGCUAAAUUGCACCCAACGAACGGAACGUCUCCCAGUAGAGGUAGGAAAAGACAAAUUCAUUAAAAAGGGUCAGCAACAUCAUGUGAUAUUCCUCGACAGAAAGCCGCUGUGCCUAGUCAUCCAACCGAUCUCACCCGUGGUUGGAACGGCACGAAAGCGGAACGGCAAGUGGUCCACCACGGCAGAACCGACAGGGUCUGGAAGAAGGCGGAACAACCAAAUCAGGGGCGAAACACAGACAACGCCACUGUUCGAGGAAAAGCAUUGCUGGCAGGUCAAAGCCCACAAUUGUCACGUGCAACAAGCAACGAUCGAACAACGAAGGAUCAACAUUAAUCGUGCAGCGCUUCAUUUCAUUGCACAAUCACAACAGGGGAUCGACGAGGUUCCCUGUUGUGCCGGACCUAAGAGUCGACGAGAACAAACUGCUGCCAGGCACGCCAUCCUCUUCAGGACAGUAGGGACGCCCAAUUGUACGGUUGAGACGAGUGAGAGUUGUAAGGCGGUGCGGGAACCAACGGCACGUGGGAAGUCGUCAGCAGACGCGGCGAGCCGAGGGGAGAAAGCGAGGACGGUGAAAAUGUGCGAAAAGUGGAAGUCCGGGAAGUCGUGCGAGGUGGCAUAGAAUAGGCGGUGACCGCACGGGGCCGAAGGCCCGCUGUGAGUACAUAGAGAUUAAGAAUCAAGUGCACGCAAUAAUAGGGACCUCAAGAU